UGAUUGCUCUUUCUUUGUAGUUUUGAAUACCUUUUAAGUCUUUUAGAUAACAGUUUUCUAUUUCAAAGAAAAAAAAUGGGUUGCAUUCAAAUUCUCUUUGUUUUACUCUUUUCACUCUUUUUGGCUAAAUGUCACUCCAAACAAGAAGACUUUCUUCUCUGUCUUUCCAAAUACUCCAAAAACAACACUACACAAAACAUUUACACCCCAAAUUCUCCAACUUAUUCAUCUAUCCUGGAAUAUGCCCAAAAAAAACCAAGAUGGUUGAAUUCUUCACAUCCCAAUUUCAUUGCUUCCCCUAAGGAAGAAUCUGAAAUCAGGCCUAUCAUUCUUUGUAGUAAAAAAUUAGGCCUACAAAUCAAGAUCAAAAGUGGUGGCCACGACUAUGAAGGCAUAUCUUAUCGCUCUAAAUUCCCGUUUGUUAUGCUUGAUUUAAGCAAUCUUAACAAAAUCAAGAUUGAUUUAAAUGAAGAAACAGUUUGGGUUCAAACAGGGGCGACCAUCGGCCAACUUUACUAUGCAAUUGCAAAGAAAAGUAAAGUUCAUGCAUUUCCAAGUGGUGUCUGUUUCAGUAUUGGCACUGGUGGAAUCAUCAGCGGUGGUGGGAUUGGCGCAUUGAUGAGGAAAUUCGGCCUGUCAGCUGAUAACGUUGUAGAUGCACGUGUGAUGGAUGUGAAUGGAAAAAUUCUUGACAGGAAGAUGAAUGAAGAUUUGUUUUGGGCGAUAAGAGGAGGCGGAGGAGCAAGUUUCGGUGUUAUUCUAGCAUGGAAACUAAAAUUGGUUCGUAUUCCAGAGAAGCUUACUGUUUUCACGAUUCGUAGGAAGUUAGAGGGUAACCUAAAUCUCCUCCAAAAAUGGGAAAACAUAGCACAUCAACUCCCUGAAGAUUUGUUAAUCAGAGUUAUUAUUCAAAAUGCUGUGUCCUCUGGAGGAAAUGAUACAAAAAAGCAUGUGGAAUUCUCAUUUCAGGCACAGUAUGUUGGACCUGUUGAUACGUUAAUUCCUCUGCUUAAACAGUACUUCCCUGAGUUCAAUUUGGAGCGAAAAGAUUGCUUUCAAAAGACUAGUAGUGCUGGUGCGGAGAAAGAAUGCCAUGAAGUUUCCUGGAUUCAGUCAAUCUUAUAUUUCUAUUUCAGAAAACUAACUGAUGCCCCUGAAACAUUGCUAGAAAAGAGUAUUCCAACAAAGAAAAGUUACGACAAAGGGACGUCUGAUUUUGUGAAGACUCCAAUUCCAGAAAGUGGUUGGGAAAUGAUAGAAAGACUGUUCUUGGAAGAAGAAAGUCCCCAGAUGAUCUUUGAGCCAAUGGGUGCGAAAUUUGAUGAAAUAUCAGAAUCCGAAAUUCCAUUCCCUCAUAGAAAAGGGAAUUUGUACAAUAUUCAGUACUUGAACUACUGGAGCGAUAACAGUGAGAGUAUAUCAAGCCAGAAGAUAGGAUGGAUGAGGAAACUUUACAAGGAAAUGGAGCCAUAUGUUUCAAAUUCUCCAAGAACUGCUUAUCUGAACUACAGGGACCUUGAUUUUGGGACAAAUUCAGAGGACUACAGCUAUUCCAAGGCCAAAAUAUGGGGUCAAAAGUAUUAUAGUGGCAACUUUGAGAGAUUGGCUAAAGUUAAGAGUAAGGUGGAUCCCAACAAUUUCUUCAGAAAUGAACAAAGUAUUCCACCUUAUUCUACAAAUUGAAGAGUCCUUUUACUCACAUCUCUCAUAUUAUUAGACAGGCCAGUUAGUGCUUGUGACACAUUGUAAUAUGAUAUUACAAAGAAGUUUCAGUUUUAAAUAAAAAAUGUAUUGCUCU